CCGAGCAGCGGUUUCGUCAGUGCGACGCGGAACGUGUUCAUGUUGGUAUCGUCGUGGCGGCUGCGUGCGCGCGCGCUUUCGUGUGUAUGUGUACGUGUUCGCGCUCGCGCUCGCGCGGCGUGACACCUCUCCGUCUCGUCUCGCGAACGACGACCGGUGCGUCGUCCUCCGUCGCGGUGGGUCGCCGUCGCCGGGUCCGAGAGGAGCCGACGCGCACGAAGGACCGGCUCCCGUGACACGUGUGUGUGCCCCUGUGUGUGUUUUUUUUACAUACUCCGGAUGACCGAUGUGUCGCGCGCAACGGAGUACGCGGGCGGCGUCGUCAUGCGGCGGUGAGCGCCGAUGACACGGGGCUCCUCCAUCCUCGGGCGGCGCGCGUCGUCGGCGAGCAGCAGGAUCGCGGCGGCGAGGACGCCCGCGGCCACCAGCACGGGCAGGAUUCUUAGAGCCACGACGGGCUGUGUGCCUCGGAUCGAUCGACGGUCGGAGAGCAGCGCCCGGAGGUGGUUGACGUCGAGAAGGGAAAAGGACGACGAGGAGAAAAAGGAGAAGAAAGAGAAGGAAGAGGAGGAGAAGUCGAUCCACCGUCGAAGGUGAGGUGAGGUGGAAGCGGCUAAAAAGGAGAAGGAAGAAGCAGAAGAAAAAAGAAGAAAGGCUGAAAGCGAAGAGGAGACGCGGUGGAGGAGGUGGCGGAGGGGUCGAAAGGUUGAGCGACCUACAGACCACGACGAGGAGGAGGAGGCGGCACGCGGAAGGGCGCGGUGAGGAAAGAGUAACGGCGGUGAGGAGGAGUGGAAGAAAAGGGGAAGAAGGAGAACAAGGAAGACGAGGAGGAGAGGGACUAUCGGAAAAGGACGGAGAAAUGAUCUUGGUAGAUGACUGGCAAAGUGCUGCGGUGGUCGACUCCUCGACGAAAGACAGAUAGCGCCGCCAUUAGUUGUUGCCGGGGCACGGAACAUCGGGCCCAUGCGCGUUGCGGCCCUGGCCGUGGGUGAAGAGGGGGAGGAAGAAGAGGAGGAGGACGAGGACGAGGAGGAGGAAGAGGGGGAGGACGAAGAGGAAAAGGAGGAGAAGGAAGCGCAACCCCGAGCGGUACACCACCACGGGGCCCGCGGGCCCGCGAUGGGCCCCGCGGCUACGGCAGCAGUGGGGGGUAGAAGUCGAUGGCCCGCCACAACGUGUCCGUUUCUCUUUGUGCUGCUAUUGCUGUUGCCCGUCUGGAUUCUGACGACCGUCGUCAACGCGUCUCCCCUUCAUCCCGCACCUCCCUAUCGUGAUAUCACGCAAGGCUCAUACAUCAAGUACUAUGAGGCAGUCACUUAUGACACCGCGGCCUUGAGACGACAUCGCAACCGGAUACGUCGCGACGUCACCGACUCCGAGCAACCUCUGAUUCUGCACCUGAAGACGCUCGACAGAUCCUGGACGAUACGGUUGGUUCGCGACGCGAGUCUGUUCAGUAAGGACGCAUCUUUCGAGAGUACGAAUGGGCCAAUAUCUUUUGACACAUCGCAUUCUUACGUCGGCACUAUUUUAGAGGAUGAGAGCGCUGUGGUGCAGGGUGUCAUUACGAAAGACGGUCUUUUCGACGGCAGCGUCGUGACCAGAUUCGAGGAAUACUACAUCGAGCCGACGAGCAGGUAUUUGAAUAAAAAUGAAGACACGUCGCCGCCCUAUCACAGCAUAGCUUAUCGUACUUCCGACGUUACCAUCCCGCCACAUCCAUUACCUUGUGCCAGUCAUCAACUGCAUCAAGAAGGGGCUCUUCGUGAUACCUUCGAUAGAUAUAGCUACAACACUUCUCAGGCAUUCUACGAGCCCCUGCUUGGCGAGCACGUUGGUCUCUACUCGAGGGAAAACAGCGCAAGAGUGUUAACAUUAGAUACGAAUAAUGACGUUGAAUAUACGGACACCGCGAGCAGUAGAGAUCGGAUCGCGAGGCAUCUGCACAAGCGUGCGACGGUAGAUCCCCGGAAAACUACCUGCAUGCUCUACUUGCAAGCGGACCAUCAGUUUUUCGCGCGAUACGGCACGGAGGAAGCCUGUAUCGAGGUGAUGACGAGGCACGUGCAAAGAGUCAACUCCAUCUACAAACACACGGAUUUCAAUCAAGACGGACGACCGGAUAAUAUCAGCUUCAUGAUAAAACGCGUGAAGGUGCACAGUGAAGACGCAUUGAAAGAUCCUAAUUAUCGUUUCCCGGGUAAUUACGGCGUGGAAAAAUAUCUGGAGCUCUUUUCAGAGGAGGACUAUGACGCAUUCUGCCUGGCUUACAUGUUCACGUAUCGAGAUUUCGAGAUGGGAACUUUGGGCUUGGCGUGGACGGGCGAUCUCAAGAACGCUGGUGGUGUAUGCGAGAAGAACGGGCAUUACCGCGGUAGCAUGAAGUCACUGAACACCGGCAUAGUGACCCUAUUAAAUUACGGGAAGCACGUACCGCCUGCGGUCUCUCACGUUACUUUGGCACACGAGAUCGGCCACAACUUCGGUUCGCCGCAUGAUCCGGAACAAUGUACACCGGGCGGCGAGGAUGGCAACUUCAUAAUGUUCGCCCGUGCUACCAGCGGCGACAAGCGCAAUAACAACCGCUUCAGCCCAUGCAGCCUGAACGCCAUAAAUCCUGUGCUCAACAGCAAGGCCCGCUCGCCGAAGGGAUGCUUCACCGAACCGCAAGUAUCGCUGUGCGGCAACGGCGUGGUGGAGGAGGGCGAGGAGUGUGACUGUGGCUGGGAGGAGGAUUGCAGGGACUCGUGUUGCUUCCCUCAGCGCCGUUAUCUGCCGGCCGAGGAAACUCCGUGCACGCUCACCCCAGGCUCCGUGUGCAGUCCUAGUCAAGGUCCGUGCUGCACUGCUGAAUGUAAUCUCCGUUUUGGAGAUAAGUGCAGGGAUGACAAUGGCUGUCGCGAUGCGAGUUUCUGCGACGGUCGUUCACCGUAUUGCCCGCCAUCCAUUAAUAAACCUAAUAAGACCAUUUGCAACAACGAACUGGUUUGCUUCAUGGGGGAGUGUACUGGCAGUAUUUGCCUGGCAUACGGACUGGAAUCCUGCCAAUGUAUACCAGGCCCGAAUGAUCCGUCGACGAAAGCUUGCGAACUUUGUUGCCGACUUCCUGGCGAAAAUCAGCCAUGCUUGUCAUCCUUUGUCUGGAAUUCCCCGCCGUACGAUAUCCCCAACAUGUUUUCAAAGCCGGGAACUCCAUGCAAUGAUUAUAACGGCUACUGUGAUGUCUUUCAAAAAUGUCGUGAGGUCGAUCCAAGCGGUCCAUUGGCUACUUUAAGAAAGCUCUUAUUAUCGGACAAGAGUCUCGCUACUUUCAAGCGGUGGGUCGCCGAUCAUUGGUACGCCGCUGCUUUAAUAGUUUUAACGGCUGUAUUAUUGCUGGUGGCCAGUAUAAGAUUACUGGGCAAGCAAUCAGACCUGAAGCUAAAGUCCGUCACGAUAAUUCAUAGUUCCACAACAGAAACGGUUCGACUUCCACCGGAAGGUGCGGAAGGGGUAACAGUGCAUCCGCCUGCAGUCCGCGCCAAAUUGCCUCUGAGCAGAAAGGUCAGAGAAAAGAGGCGUCAUCGUAAAUAUAAGGACGGUGCACAUGCCGAUAAGUCCAAUAAUAAGAAGAAACAGCAAAGUCAGCAAACAAAGAGGCCAUCCGGGCAAGCGGACGAUUUCGCGCGAAAAAGGCCGGCCGAGACUCUGACUGCUGCUGUGCAGGAAAACAAACGGAAGAAGACUGCGUCGACGAGGGACAAAGGACAGGGCAAUAUCGGUAACAAUAAUUUAGUUGGUGGCAGCAGCGGAGACAACGACAAGAGGAAGCGAAAGAAGCAGCACAGGAAAGAAGUGAUCGAUUAUUCGGCGAUCCAGACGGAGAAGGAACCGGAGCCGAACGCCGACCCCAAGAGCAAAGUGCGUUCCUGGCUAUUAGCGUCUUCGCAAUGUCGCUCGGAAACCAGCAGCGCGCGGACCAACGUUAGCGGUUUGCCGAAGAGCAAAUCGACCCCGGUGGGGCUGACGGCCAGCGGUGGAGCGCUGGGAUCCAGGACACUGGUGUCGCGACAGCAAGCUCUGACGUCCGUACGGCGUACCCUCGCGGAAGCCGGGAGGGGAGAGCUGAAGAGCUCGCCGGGCACUAGGAAGGAACGGGCGAGGCUCCAGGUAGUGUACAAGCCGCCGUUCCGGUUCAGCGUUAAGCUACGCAAGUCCGACAAAGUAGCGCAGGCGCCAGCGACCACGAAUCACACGAACGCAAGUGGCAGAACAGCGAAGCUACCAAGGACCGGGGUCCUUUUGCGUACCGCCAAGAGAAAGGAUCGCGUCAGAAUAGGCAGGGCGCGGCAGGUCGCGCCGACCGGCAUCGGGAAUAGCGGUGGCGAUCUACCGGAACCGGCCAACUCGGACCUGCACACCGUACCUUCCGACCUGGAAGUGCUGCUGUCCGAGAGUGAGUUUCUUUUCUCGGACACGUGACCAUGGAUUUCGAUAACGGGCGUGUUCGAAUUUUUCCCAAGCUGCGCGAUUAAAUAGUCCUACUAUAUUUUCAUCCCUUUUAGCCCUAGCGCAAGAGUAGUAUAGACCAGUUUAGAACGCGCGCGGGAUGGUGAUAGCUUUGCCGAUUGAGUCGCCGGCUCGUAUCCCGCGCAAAAGUAUCCCGUCCGAGAACGUGGAAGAGUUACGCGUUUGAUUUAAUUUAUCGAAUUUCUCGAACGACGCGACGUCUCGAUCGUUUCUCUAUUUUUCAUAAGCGUUUGCCAAUCGAUGAUACUCGAUAUAAUGCAUUUGCUCCCGUUAUUCUUUCUUUUUUAUUUCUAAAGUGGAGCGAUAGCACGACAUUCGAUUAUACGUUUGUCGUUCGUGGUUGUGAUCUGUAACAUAUAAUGGACCCUUAACGCGCGACUGCCAUGAAUGAAAUUCACGAUGACAGAUGUAUGAGGGAAUCGUCGCUGCUCGUUCCUCAACGAUCAAGCCAGUUUUCUUCUUCCAAAGAAAGGGGCCAAAUCCACUGUGUAAGAGCGACUGGCGUACAAGCAGCGCCACGGACAUGUAAAUGCUAAUUUACUCGCCUAACGCUCCCCGGAAGUACAUUACGGAAGCAGAUUAUAUAUCUUACGAUGUUUGUUUUCGAUCAUAGCUUUAAAUUUUCAGGGAUCAGUGCGCGAUCGAUGCAUCAUAUACAUAAAACGCAGCGCCAUAUUUUGGUGUAUCGAAAGUAAUGCUUCGUCUGAAAAUCUCUUUACACUGUGCCUACCGUCACUCUAUGCCCUCUUUUUUGACACGUAAGAAAGAUCAUGUCUAAACGGUGGAGUUGUUUUUUUUUUAUAUAUAUGACGAUACAUCGGUCAUGAGAGGAUAACGACAGGCGCAAUUGCGAUAAACGACAGCCUUGAUCAAUUAACUUUAGUCGCUCCUUUCGAGAUUACAGCCCUAGUUGUAACAUAGCUAUAAUGUACACGAUACUACGGUCGUUGCUAUGAUACGGCUAUAAGAUACACUAUAUUUUAUCCCUCGCUGUAACACAGCUGCUACAUAAUUUAUAUUACAGUCCCGGCUGUAAUCUGUAAAGCUAAAGUAUAGUUAUAAAAUACGUUGCAACAUCGUAGCCUUGGCUACGGCGUAAUCCCAAUACGCAUUUUAUAUUAUAGCCAUCGCGACGUGACGUAACGUAUUGCAUGCUAGCUACAGUUUUUACAUUGCAGCUAGGACUGCGAUAUCGAUACGCAGAGGAAUAAAACACUUAUCGUAUACCACGAACAGAACUGAUCUGACAUCAAUGGGACCAGUCCCAUUGAUGUCAGAUCCAACAUCCCAGGAUGUUGGACAGCCCUGAAUAAAUUGUCGAGAGGUCCUGUCGCUUCACUCUUCGAUUCGUCUGUAACGUUGAAGUAACGUUACUCUUCACGCGUGGUUCCUAUCGUCGACAAUUCCUAAUCGCGUCUCUCGUGAAGCAUCUAGUUUGCGUCUCCGUGAGAAUCGCGAAUUGAGCCUACGGCGGACUGCUGCUUGUAUAUUUUUAAGAUUGUACAAAAGCGCGGGUCACUACACCAACGCCUGUUCCGCCAGGUUUUAGCGACCUUUAUCGUUCACAUUUUUCUCGUCAGAGGAUACGCCAUUCCUCCCUUUUUUUUCGUACUCGAUCAUUCCUGCGAUUUCGAUACGGUGCUAGCAUUCGGUGUCCAAUUUUUGAGCGCAGCUUUUUUGAGCGUAACUCUUUUUUUGUAAAUAUACUUUACUAGCCAGACAUUCCCGUUUAUCUUGCAAAAGAUAAGUCGAUUAAUUAGAAUAAUCAUAAUAAUCAUCCUGUUUGCAAUAAAAAAUCUUUUCGGAAAAGCUUUCUUUUAAAUUUAAAUAAUAAUAUGCGUUAUAUAAACGUUGGAAAAAGGAUAUUUUCUGCAGUUUUGAAAUUUGUGUUUUAGAAAAGAAAUGCAACAUAGUUAUUUCGAAAUCUUGCACAAUUCAUCCACGUUUAAAUUUAUACAAGAUAGAUUCUUAUCGAUCCUUUUUAAUUCACUUAUCUAUUCUUUGCACAUUAUUGAAUGAAAUAUUGAAUUUAAGUUCCUUGUGCUUGGUGGCCCGUAUAUCGGGUUGAACACAUCUCGGUACAGAGUAUUCACGUGUUUGCGUUUCAAAAGCUGGCUCUUUCGAGUGUGUCGUUGCGACUAUAUGAACUACGAUUCUAUCGUCUGUCAAAAAUCGUGAUCAACGGUUCAGUUAAUCGUUACAAAACCGAUUCAGUUCGCUCUUGGUAGCCAACACGUAUGAGUACGGUUAAUGUAUCCUCUAUAAGAUCCGUUUACGAUCACCGACUUCUCACGUCCCGUUUGACGUAAAGACCGUUAAAACGUAUGAGUCGUCAUAUUCUGUACAGUAAAAUAACAAAUUCGGAUCGAUACGGAUCCGACACUCAAGGAUAAUAAACAUUAAUGAUAUUAAUACGCUCGUUGGCGCUUAAUAAUUCCUCUGUAUCAUUAUUUAACAAGAAAUAUUACUCAAACGGAAAAAGAGAAAAAGAGAUAGCGUAAAUAUAAUUUUAGUUACGUUUCACUUAAAUUUUACAUAAUAUAUUCUAUGAAUCGCAACUGUAAACAGGGUCUGAUAAUUGUUUUUUUAAUGUAAUUGAAAGUAACGAAUUAUAAUUAUGACGCCGCUAUUGUACUUAUACAAUUUAUUGUAGUUAAAAUGCGUUAGCGCUAUAUAUAAUUUCCAAACAACUGUAUGCUGUUUGGAAUUAAAUAAAUAAAUUAAAUUUUCCGGCGAGAGCAUCGUAUUUUUAUGAAAGCUGUAUCGCUGAUGAAUCAAAAUUCAACUAUCAAUAGUAGAUAUUGAAACUGCUAUGGCGCAAUUGUACAUUAAUUUGUUAAACGCUCAGCUAAUUUUAUGAGCCUAAUUUUUUGAGUGAGCAAAGCUUCAACUUUAAAGCUCGCAUAAAGAUAGUACAUACGUAAUUAUGUAAUGUGAUGGAUAUAAUCAAAUACGAUCUUUUCAAGUGGUUUUUUAACGAGUUAUGAGAAACAUUAGUCGCGAAGUUGUUUUUCUUUGACUAGCUCCAUCGAAAGGGCUGCUACUAAAAAUAAUUAACAAUUUAAGGCUAGAUUACUGCCGUUUAUAGCAAAUCUAUGAGAAGGAUCCGCUUGUGUGUGUAUGCGUACACACUCAUACAUAUAAAUACAUAUUAAUUCGUAAGAAGAUGUGAUGUUACUUUUACACGAAACUCAUAGACACAAUUGCUUAACUCAUAAGAAAGCGCGCUUUUACUUUUAAGACCGAGCUGUGUUACAUUCCCUCUUGAAUCAAUCGGUAUUUGAAACCGGCGUUAUUUCAGUAGCUAAAAUGAAAUUUAAUUGACACUACUAUAUAUCUUUGAAAUUAAAAUGUAGAUUAAACAUUUUUCCUUCUUUUUCUUGAUUUUUUCUUUCUAACAUUUAGUUUAUUGUUUAGUAUUAAAUAAGUGAAACAAAAGGCAUUUAUUUUAACAUGAUGUUCUCUGAGGAAGAAAUUAAUUUAAUUGAGACUAUUUUUAAAAACUGGGAAAGAGAUUAUUGACAUAUAUUGAUUUACAUACUUGACACAAUUAGUCGAGAAAGAAUAAUUUUCGCGCGUUGCAUCUACAUCAUCUGAAUCUGGACUCACUGAAAUUCUGCUGGUUUUAAUACUCGAAUUUUUCGAAUCGGUUAUGAGCCAGUGGCCAUCUCAUGCGCGAUUCGCUUUGUUGUGCCUAGUCGCUGCGGAUUCGUGUGCGAUCGCGGCGAGCGAGCGAGCGAGCGAGCGUUUAUGUAAUAAUCCGGACACUCCCGUUAACUUCGUUCUACGUUGCAUCCGUAUAUGCGUAUAUACAUAUAAUAUACAUAAUACAUGAUACAUAUAUUGUGAUACAUAAAUUAUAUAUACGUCAAGUAAGUAGUACGUAUUCCGCUUUGAUCGUAAGAUUUGCGUUGUAAUCUAAAGAAAAAAAAGAGAGAAAGACAGAAAAAUUCGUAGUUUGAACGUAGACUCAGCAGGUAGACAACGGAUGUUCGGAUAUUCGAAUUCUGUAAUGCGUAGGUGAUAAAUUGUAGCUCUGCUGUCUUUGUAGUUUGUCUACCGGGAGUUGUUAGCCACGGUGAAGUGAAUCAAAUUUGCGAAAACGCGGAUUGUAACGCGAUCAACAAUUUUUUACGAUCCUAAGAAUUUACGAAUACGAGAAGAUAGGAUACGAUAAUGGAGAGCGCAUACCUAAGGAGGGAGAUCCUGCGCCACUUUGAUUUCUAGACUCAACUAUGACGAGAUUAGUACGAGACGCCAAGCAAUUGACAGUGGAAGAAUAAUCAAUUUAUAGCAUAAUCAAACCGAAACUUGAAGUUCGUUGAAUGGAUUUGAAGAAAAAAGUAGAUAUCGAUCAGUUUUACACCAUGUAAUGACAUUACAUGUCUGAUACUUUCCAGAUUUCAGUAGAUUUCAGUAGUAAUCGGAGCAGAAUUUAGUGUAGGAAUUCACUGCAGUUUCUGUAUGUUAAUUAACGUAUUGAGUCACGCAUGCCUAAAAUGCUUUGUUUUCCUUUCUAGCAGAAAAUAAUAGCUGAUAUGAUAUCGUUAUUAAGGAAGAACCAACAAGAGAAUCAAAAACAUUGUACGAAAAAUAUUAUUAAUGAGAAAAAAGAUGACAUCGAAAGGACUCUAAUUUCUGGACUUAAAUUUCCUUAACGAAUGAAAAUAGAAAAGAAAUAAGAAAAAGCAAGUUUAAAUUUCGAAUGGAUAUGGAGUUCUUUUGUUUUCGUCUUUCUUCUUUAAGCGAGCUUUAUAAGAUUGAGACGGUAGCGAUUUCCUUUCAUAAAAAUAGGUAAAUUUUCCUUCUACGAGCUUAUCAGCAAGAGAGAUGAUCUCGCGGAUAAUAACGGAUCGCAUAAAUUGCUUGGCAGAAAAAAUCGCUAAUCUUGUCAGAAAGCUUUUGCCGUGUGUAUGCGCGCUCGUCGUACGACUCGAGGAAGUAGUCCAGUAAUGAUGAUGGUUGAAAAUACACUGUAUUUUUUAUCUGCGAAUGAUGAGAGAGCGGAGCGAGUAUAUAUGGCGACUAACCAGUCACCGAACAAAUUGGUUGCUCGUACUUAUACAUAUACUAUAGUCAUUCCUGUUAAGCUCGAGUUGCUUCUUGUUCCAUUAAUAAUAUUAGCAUCGGCGGGGACGUUGUGGUGUUGCGCGUCGCCUUCUCCCCGCAUGCCAAAUGAUACAACACACAUUCGGAUCGACAAAGGUCGAGGGCACAAGUGGUCUCGAUCCGAAGCUAUUCGGAAUAUUGGAUACGUCCGAGGCGAGACUGUUAUUAUUUUAACUUUUAUCGCGUACCGUAAACUUGUAAUUGAUAUAAGAUAUGGGGCUGCUGUAUUUUUACACGGACUUUGUACAAAUAUAAAACGGGAGCGCGCCGCGGAAGCUCCGCGCGCCUCCCGCGCGAUAUGUACAUACCUGUAUAUCAAUAAACGCUAGACGAAAUGUGA